AUGGAAGACGCUACGAGAGAAGUUUGGAUGCUGGAGUUAGUGUCGUGUACAAGUCAGUGGUACCGGAUAAAUGGGGUUUAUCUGCUAAAAGCCGCCCAAGUCCAUUUCAAAUGUUUUGAGAUUGUUGGGCUGCUUUCUGCUCUUAUUUAUCUCAAAACAAUAUGGAAUAAUUCAAUUCAGGAAAAACAUAUUCUUUUAAAUGAAUUUGAUGGUGUAAGGAACGAAAGAAUUUACAAGUCGCCGAAGUUGGUUUCCCUUAACUAUAUUCGCUUGAAUCGUUCUGAAGGGCUGCUUAUCGAAGACCUGGAGUUACGUGUAGCUCGAGGUCUCCGUCAAGCAGCUACUUCGCAGGUGUCAAAUCAAACAACCCGUGAAGCUUACUAUGAAAUUCCACUAAAACACGCGUUGACAGUGUUUGAGAAUUUUAUCUUAGAUCGCAAGCUAAUAAAAUGUUGGCAAAAUAUUUAUUGA